CGGACUGAACAUAAAAGUCUUCCAGAAUGGGGAAAUGCAUAAUAGCAAUUCUAAUAUUGACAUCAAUGCGAUCCUUGAGCUAUGCGGAGAAACCAACACAUUUUGAUUACGCGCAGAAGGAGUGCGGUAGUUAUUGCUAUAAGUUGUUGAAACCAAUGCUGGAGCACAUAGGCACCAUGCAGCAAUAUUCGAAGACAUGUAAUACAAGCCAAGUGGGGAAUAUCCAAGACAGACUCAAUCAUCUCGAGGGCCAGAUGGUAACCCAGCAGGAGAAGGCUGGCAGCUGUCUGACCGCAAUCGAGGAAAUUAAGUGCAACUUGGUGGACCAAGAGAAGCUAAUCAACAUACACAAAAAGAGUGUUUCCAAACCGUUUCAGAAAAUCGGAUCCAAUUAUUAUUAUAUAGAAAAAAAUACGCAUAUGAAUUGGUUUGCAGCUGCACACAAAUGCACGGACUACGGCGGUCAUCUCUUAAGUCUUGAUAAUGAGGAGGAGUGGUCUGCAUUAAAGCCACACCUCGAUUUUUCAAAGUCGUUUUACUGGGUUGAUAUUAAUGAUCUUGCCAAGGAAGGCCAAUAUAUCUCUCUAACUACUGGGCGUCCGGCACAAUAUAUUCCCUGGAAACCCAAUGAACCCAACAACGUUGGCGGGGAGCAUUGCGCUCGUUUGGAAAAUAACAAACAAUUUCCUUUGAAUGAUUUGAGAUGUUAUGAUAUGGCGUUCUUUAUCUGCGAGUCAUUCAAUAAGUAACUGGAAUACAUAUUCGAUUAGCUAAUGCGAAUUCUAAGUUUCACCAAUAAAAUAAAUGAAAAAAUAAAUAAAAUAUUUGCAAAUU